CGGAAGUGAUUGUUGUUGUGGAGGGUCACAUGGGCAGCCCAUGCCGUACUGAGUGGAGAGUUGUUAGUCCACGCCGUUGUCAUGGAGAGUAAAAGCCCUGGUUUUGUGACGCCUAAGAAACCGGCAUUAACGGGCAGCGCCAGAAAAAUCAAAGACAAUGCCGCAGAUUGGCACAACCUGAUGCUAAAAUGGGAAAACCUUAACGAAAGCGGAUUUGGCUUGGGAAGCAAGAUUGUCAAUUUGAGAAUAAGCAACCUAUCAUAUGAGAAGAUGUUGGUAGAUGAUUCUGGUCCUGGUAAUGAGAAUGUUGAGGGUAAAGAAGAGCUGGAAAGGAUGUGCUCAGAACUGGUGGACAUAUUGGAAAGCAUGCAACAAAUACAAAUGAAGAUGGAGAAACUGACGUUGACAUUUAAAGGGGUGUGCCACCUGGAGGCUUUCCAGUGCCGCGGCGAAGCGUCUUGUCCCAUACUAUUUCAUACUUGGCCUACUUCACUUUUUUAUGAAACCUCGCAGAAAAUGUCAGAAAUGUACAAGAAGGAAAUGGCACUUAAGCGCACAAUUGUCAGUGAGAUAGCGCACACUCCAGACCAGGACCUGCUCAUGGUUUAUCUGUCUUGUUGGCUGUAUCAGCCCUAUAUAGACAACAACAUCAAAAUCCUCCUGGAAAGCAUGCUGCUGGAAACUGGCCACAGGCCCAUUUAAUGGAUUCUCCAAGCAGACUUCAGUUUUC